CGGGAGAGGUGGCAGUCCAUGCAUCCUGCCAUCUGAAACAGAAGAAACUUUGUGUUAACGUACACAGUAUCAGCAGGGAAUGCAUUGAAAUAAGUAAAUUAAAGAAUCUACGGAUUAGACAGCUUGCGUUUUGAAGCCGCUUUCUCGUGCGAAAAAAACGUCUGAUGACUGGACUAUAAGAAAACUUUUCCCGUCUACAGAACCAACACGUUUAAUCGGAGUUAGCUUUUUUUUAGUGUCACAUUAAGAUUUAGGUGAAGUGGAAGUUUUGAUGACACUUUUUAUGCGACUGUUGAGGGCUGCAGACUGAAAAAAGACGCACCAAUCUGUCGGCUCGAAGUCGAGAAGGAUUUUGGAGACUGCAGACAUGAGACCAUUUGUCAUCUGCGCGCUUCUGCUGUUAAAAGUAACUCUUGGAGAUGUCUGUACCAGCGGCCAGUUCACUGAAUCAGGGCAGUGUUGCAGUCUGUGUCCUGCCGGCUCCAGAGUGGAGGUAGAGUGUGGGAAAGAGGAUACCAAGUGCACACCAUGCCUACAGGGAAUGUUUACCUCAUCUGAAGGCCUCGGCCCUUGCCUCCCCUGUGCCAAGUGUCCACCUAGUGUUCCCAUGGUGGCCUCUUGUUCUGCCACUCAAGACACACAAUGUGAAUGUGACAACGGCUUCUUCUUUUUGAGUGGCCACGGCCUGUGUGCGCCUUGCUCCAAAUGCACUCGUGGUGGCGAGGGUGUUACCCGGGAGUGUGGCCCACUGGGAGAUACGCAGUGCCAGAUCUGUGCCCCGGGAACAUUUUCAGAGGAACGUAUUACCACCAAACCUUGCCAGACCUGCACCCAGUGCUCUGACAGCGAAGUGGAGAUCCGACACUGCAUGCCCAACUCUGACACACUGUGCAUGGAUAAGAAGCUCCACAUUCUGUCUCGUCCUGCUCUGGGUGGGUCUGAUACUCCUCGCUUGCCAGGUGUUGAGGAGGAGGAAAAGUCUAGUAUAGGCAGUAACAACAUUCUGGCCUAUGUCUCUGUUCUGGCUGCCGUCGUGCUGGGUCUGCUCAUUUAUGUUGCUUAUAAAUGCUGGAGAUCAUGUAAACAGAAGAGGGCUCUUUCUAAGGCCCGUGCGGCUGAGUUGGGAGCAUCUCCAGAGGGAGAAAAGCUCCAAAGCGACAGCGGUGUUUUUCUGGACUCUCAAAGCAUACAGGACAACCAACCCAGCAAAGGUACCAAGAGAGACAGCAAGCAGGACAACCGUCUGUACAUCAACCUACCCCCCCACAGACAGGAAGAGGUAGAACGCCUCCUGCAGGAGGGAGCGGGCCGGGGGUGGAGGCAGCUGGGCGCAGCACUGGGCUAUGAGCCUGAACAGCUGGACCUGUUUGGGCGUGGAGAGGCUCCAGCUCACACGCUCCUCUCUAACUGGGCCCAGAAAGAAGGCUCCUCUCUGGGACUGCUGUGUUCUGCACUGGCCCGCAUUGAGAGGCCUGAUGUGGUAACAGCUCUUAACUGCCCCACGCAGGGUGUUUCUGUGGUCUGACGGCUCCUCAAACAUACGUAUGACACUAAAAGACUCAAGUGAAGAACUUUCAUUGAAAUGACAAGGAAGGCACUCCGAUAUCAACUCCUCUGUCACUGUUGGAAGCUGCCACUCGUGCUUCUGCUUUGUUGGACACUUUUAAUUCAGUUUUCACUAAGAAAACUAAAAAUAUUCUUGUAUCACUUUCCUCUGCCCCAGUUUAUGUCACCAUUUGAUUUUACAUGAAUCCAACUGCACAAAAUAAUCUCCUGUGAUGUGUCUGAUAACAAAUCACCACUUUACUAGUGGAAAGGAAAACUCUGAAUAUAUAGUACGUUACAACCUUUCAUUGUCACUACUGAGGGAACAACUUUUUAAAUUGUGGUUACGCCUCAAUGUCUUGCUCAAUGGACACAGCAAAAACCUGGUCGUAUUGGAUCUACACAACAAUAAGUACAUUUUUAAUGUUGUUUACAUGCACACAAAUCCUGGUAUUCUGCUUGUGGCAGGAAACGGAAUAAUAUGUUUACACGUUUUGCAAGUGUGAUUAUUCAAAAAAAAAAACCUGUUUACAUUUUAUUUGGACAGUCAUCAGAUUUAUCCUUUUCCCCCUCUAAAAAAUAUCAGUCUGCCACGUGCUAUUGUAAACAAAUACGGCUUAGAUCAUCACGUUUCCAGUCUAGCUAGCCUUGUUUUAUGGACCACAACUUCAGCAACUUAUUAUUGCAGUUGAUUUUUGCCAGAAGGAGACCUUCCAACAACACUGCUUUACAACAUUAUGUGACUUUCCCUAUUCGGGAUCAUUUCGGUGCACAUGUGCAUGCCAAAAAAGAGAAGAAAUAUUUGGGGUUUACAUGGCCAAGUGACCAACCUUCUCGAUAAUACUUGCAGUUGCUAAGAAGAACUUGGUCUAAUGUGUAGAUGGGAACUACUCACUAGAUUGUUUUUUAAGUGUGUUGCCUUGUUCUGUUGUUUUCUUUUCUCCUUCUUUCUCUGCUGCAGUCACUACGUAGCCUUGGUAUUUAUUUACACUGAGGAUAUAUUAUGCACCAGUGAUGUUUCAAAUGUCAUCUGAAGUCACGGAAAUGAAGCCUUCUGUGAAAUAUAAAAAAAACGCCUUUCCUAGCUCUUCCUAAUAACCAUCUAUGAUUGUAAAUAUCUUAAUUAUUCAUAUCAAUCAUAUCUUUAUUGAUUGUGAUAUGUCAUGGCUUAAAGUGAGAUCAUUUAUGAACUGUGAAGACUGAAGAAAAGGAAUAGAAGUUCAUCUAUUUUCCUGACAUUCAUAAUGCACAGGUUCUUUUUAUGUCACCUUGAAUUCUCAUAUUAGAAACAGGAACAAAGAUAUCCAAAGACACCUUCAACAUCAAUCCUUGUGUCCAAGUUGCCAUCUUACUUUUGUAUUUAUUUCAUCACAAUUUCAAGUAUAAGACCAAUGAGAACCAUGGACAUCUGCGGUGUGCUAGUCACACUAUGUGAUGGCCUCAGAUGGUUUGAUAUUUUUUUAACGCCAGCCAUGUAUGGUUUUGUGUAUAUAUUUCCUAAUGGUAUGCCUUAAUGUGUUUUUGUAAGAGUUUUAUUCAUUAAAUAAAUAACUUUGAUAAGUCA